AUGUAUAGUUCAAUUGUUAAAGCAGUUAGGAAAACUAUAUCUGCAGAGAAGAAUAGGUUUGAAAAUGAAAACUAUGAUUUGGAUUUAACUUAUAUAUGUGAAAGAGUGAUAGCGAUGUCAUUCCCAGCGGAUGGUGUUGAGAGUGCAUAUAGGAAUUCGAUAUACGAUGUAGCACAGAUGUUGAAUGAACACCACGAAAAUCACUAUAAGAUCUUCAAUUUGUCGGAGCGAAAGUACGAUUACAAUUUGUUUCAUGGCAACGUCUACGAUUGGUGUGGAUUUCCCGAUCAUCAUGCUCCGCCACUCGCACUGCUCUUUAAGAUCGUCAUCACGCUGUACAACUAUCUCGCCGAGGAUCCAAAGAACGUUGCGAUCGUUCACUGCAUGGCUGGCAAAGGUAGAACUGGCACUGUCAUCUCGUGUCUCCUACUAGGACGCCAUGCGUUACUUUGCCGUGAAGCGAUCGUCCAACACCUAUGGCAUAACCGGUCCCUCUCAGAUCCGAUACAUCCAAUACUUCUCGUCCAUCUAUCUCGGCAACCAAAUACCGGCACAGAACACUCUAUUCCUCAAAACCAUAACUAUGCACACCAUUCCAAAGGUAAAGUGGUCGAGGAGCGCGAAGGCUACACACACUGCUUCCAGCUGGUCACCUUGAAAUCGACCUACGAAAUCGCCGCGGAGAAUGAACGCGAUCUCGAAGACUGGGUGGAAACCAUAAGAAACGCUAAAAAGACCGUGCAGGAAGCCGGCCGACUCUUCAUUGAGAUUCUCGACGUAAAGUACGCGUUUGUCGGUCAGGAGGAGUCGUCGAGUGUCCCGAUUAGCGAUCGCAGCGACGUCGACCUCAUUACGUAUCUCACGUUGUCGAUGGGCAAGAAGAAAGACAACACACCGCCACAAUCUGUAAAAUUCAAUCCAAACUUCCAAUACGCAGGCGAAGUCGUUGUCUACGAUCAACCAUCGGAUCUAGUCAUUGGAUUGUGGUUCCGUUCCACCGCUUUACAAAUCAAAGAUACACUGGUCGCCGAACUCACAUUCAGCUACGCCACACUGUUGGCAACACAAAACUUUAAAACCGAAUACCGACCAUUCAGUGUAGUAUACACCGAUUUCAUAACUGAUCCAUUGAUUAGAAUUGGAAUGUCAUAUAGAGCAACCGAAGAUCUAAAUCUUUAUGAAAAAGUAAAUAAUGCAGGAUGGCAAGCUUCUCCAACUGAAAAUCUACCGACUCGUAAAUUCUCUGACCAACCCAUUGGAAGCAGAUCAAGAAGAAGUCCAAGUGCAGAAUUAGAAAGUCCAACAUUUAGUCAUACAAGCACAGACAGUAAUAAUAACAAUAACUAUUAUUAUAGUAAUAUUAAUUAUAGUCAGCAACAACAACAACUACCACCACAUCAAUCAUCACCUCCAAAUCAACAGAAUUUUAUCACUCAUAGUAACUAUAAUAAUAAUAAUAAUAACAAUAACAAUAAUAAUAAUAAUAAUGGUAAUAAUGAUAAUGGUAAUAUCACUCUUUUAAAAAAUAGUAAUGAAAAUAAUAAUAACAAUAAUAAUAAUACUCAACAACAACAACAACAACAAACACCUUUCGAUACAACAGCUUUAUUAUCUCCAAAUAUAUCGGAUACUUUAUUUUUAGAGACAUUGCACCAACAGCUUGAGGAUGACUACGAUCUCAACGAUGAAAUAAUGGACGAAUUUGAGAGAAAUCUAGUCACCCAAGAUAGCAUAGAAUAA